GCGAACGCUACGCGUCAGGAAACAGAAGGCGAGCGUCGACGACGAGCGUCACAUUUCCACGGCGCACCGCGACCUUGCCUCAGCUUUAUUGCGUUUUUCCGUAAGCACCCGUUGUCGUGUGACAAACUGCUCGAGAAACUGUCAAAACGAUCGUGAUAAAAUGUUCUCUUGACUGCAGCCGUGCGGGAUAUUUGUUUUGACAGCAUUCUGUGAUAGAUUCGGUGUGAUAAGAUGAUGAGGAAGGAGAAACGAAUGAUGUCGGUGACGGCAAUCAUACAAGGGGCACAAGCUCAGCAUUGGAGCAGAAGUCUUGGGGGAUUUGGUCCACCCCAUAUGUCCCUAGGCCUAUCACUGGACCAAAACAUCCCGAUGGGCCCUCUGCUCGGUCCACAGUCCCCGCUCGAACUGAAACCGGACGCAUCGAUGCUAUCCGCCGCAGGACAGCCCACAUCAGCCCAAUUCAGCCCCGCGGGCGACCACCCGGGUAGUCCUGGGGGCACGUUUUCAUUGGGGGCGGCAGCGGGAUUGCUCAGCCCCCAGCCGUCUGUACAGGGCGGACAGAAAGGAGGCCAAGGGUCGCCGUAUCCUCCCAACCACCCGUUGAGUGGUUCCAAACAUCUGUGCUCGAUAUGUGGGGAUAGGGCUAGUGGGAAGCAUUAUGGAGUCUACAGCUGUGAAGGUUGCAAAGGAUUUUUCAAAAGGACGGUACGAAAAGAUUUGACAUACGCUUGUAGGGAAGAAAAGAAUUGUAUUAUUGAUAAAAGACAAAGAAAUAGGUGCCAAUACUGCAGAUACCAAAAAUGUCUCGCAAUGGGUAUGAAACGAGAAGCGGUUCAAGAAGAGAGGCAGCGAACGAAAGACAGAGAUACAUCGGAGGUUGAAUCAACGUCCACGUUGCAAGCAGAGAUGCCAAUCGAGAGGCUACUGGAGGCAGAAAAAAGGGUAGAGUUCCCUGAUGUGCCUGAGGGCACCAUAACUAACAUGUUCCAGGCUGCCAACAGACAUCUCAUGCAACUGAUAGAGUGGGCCAAACUAGUGCCCCAUUUCAUGACUCUGCCGAUUACGGACCAAGUGUUAUUGUUGCGAGCUGGCUGGAAUGAGUUGCUCAUUGCGGAGCUAGCUCACAAGUCUAUUAACUCACAGGACUGCAUUUUGCUGCAUAAUAAUAUUACCAUUACCAAAUCAACAGCUCACUCUAUAGGGGUAGGUGUGAUAUAUGAAAGGGUACUAUCAGAAAUUGUAGGAAAAAUGAAAGAAAUGAGGUUGGAUAAGACAGAAUUGGGAUGCUUAAGAGCCAUCAUCCUCUACAAUCCAGAUGUGCGAGGCAUCAAAUCCGUCCAGGAAGUGGCCAUCUACCGCGAAAAGAUCUACGGCGUUCUGGAGGAGUACCUUAGGCGGACGCGGCCUGACGAACCGGGUCGAUUUGCGAAGCUGCUGCUACGUUUGCCCGCCCUCCGAUCAAUCGGCCUCAAAUGCCUCGAACACCUUUUCUUCUUUCGCAUGAUCGGCGAUGUCAGCAUAGACUCAUUCAUCAAGGAAAUGCUCGAACCGCACUCAGAUUCGUAAUGAGAUACGGUUUACGAGAUGUGACAUAGGUAAUAGGUGUUAACAGUCAUACAUUGACAGCUGGCAGUAAAUGCACCAAUGACGCUUCGCAAUGAUAUGAAGCAAAUCUCAUUCCACUUCAUAUAUAGGGUGGCAUGUAAUCGAUGCUUCAAAAAACAAUCCUGGAUUAAACUUGUGAAAAUAAUCUUGCGCCAAAUAUCAAUUAAUACCAUAGGUAGCGAGUUAAAAAUUUAAAGCCAUACCAUUCCAUUAUUCUUAAUUAUGAUAAAGUGUGGUUAAGUGAAAAUAGUACUCACAUUUCUUCGAUUAAUAGAUAUUUAAAACUAGAUUGCCAUAUCUUAUCCUCUGGAUUAAGUGGAAGUUUGAUGGAUGGAUCGAGUCUUUGCGUCAGUAACGUCGAUGAUGUAUUUCCUGUUAUUUACUAUUCUAUUCAAAAAAGUAUAAACUGUCUGCAGAUUUUGGAUCUGUUACCUAAUGAACAUAAAAAUUAAAUUAUGGAAAACCCUUGACAACCGAUAGAUGUAUAUUUCAGCUCCUCUGAACUUUAGGUAUCGUCAAAAAAUAUACAAACUGUAGAUGAGAGAUAAUACUUAAAAUUAAGUAAAUAUAACCUAUAAGAGACUUAUUAAAUAUAUAUUCUUUGCAAAUCUGUGAUCAUAUAUUUUCAAAAAAUAAUCGUACUCUAUUGUUUUUCGGUAAGAGUAUUUUACAAUAUGCUUAAAUUUGAUCCUUUUGGACUGAAAAAUAUAUUUCUACAUUAUAUACCUUAUAUUUAUUGUUGAAUUCGUCGAAAAGAUUUAGUACAUUUUAUAGGGCAGAUCACAGCUUUUUUAAACCCAUUUAAAAAACACGCUAAUUAUUUUCUAGUAUCAUUAGAUUUCCAGGGAGAUGGGAUUUGAUGUAACAUAACAAUCGAAAAUCUGUAAUUUCUGUGUUGAUGCAUUUGAAAUAUUUUUGGCAGGUAUAAAACAACUGUUUCAAUUUAUUGAAAAGUGGUUAUUUAAAAUAGAUAAACAAUGAUUAAGCAAUUUUACACGUUUGUGUUCGUGUCAUCAUAUGGACAAAACACAAUUUAUAAUAAAUAAACGCAGUUUAAAGAGGAAUGUCUAAUCUCAUUGUGAAUGUUUCACAUUUUGGUUGGUUGGUUUGGCAUGCGCUAAAGCAGUUUUCUAAAAGCUGAUUAUUGUUGAGAGAGAUCUGUCCAUUGUACGUGUAAGUGCUAAUAUCAUCACUCAAAAAUGUGUAUUACAUGGAAACAAGGCUAUCUGCAUGAAUUCAAAUUUAAUUGUGAAAUACACUUUGUAAUCUGUAUAAAUCGGAAGUUUCGUUGCAAUCGUGAUCCCUCAAUGGUGUAAUCAGAAUCCUUAAUUUUAAUAUUUCUGUUUAUGUAUAUAUUCUAGAAUGUUAAUGUUUGUAAUUAUAUAGGUAAUUAUUUAUUAGGAUGAUAAAAGCAUUAUAUUUUCUCAUAGUGAGAUAGCUUGUUCUUUUCUUUGAAAGAUAUUUAGUUAGGAACGAAUAUCGAGGAUUUCAGUGAGAAUAGAUCGAUUCUCUACAGUGAUGGUGAAGUGCCUGUUUUGGCUAGUUGUUAGUGAAUUUUAUGAUUCUGUAUCUUUGAAUAACCUUCUGUUGAGUUUUAGGUUUUUAAAGUUUUUUUAUAGUAACGUUUUGUUGUGUGGUAUUUUUCCCUGCUACAAUAAAAUGUUUUCGUGAUAAAAUUAGAGAUAUCCGAAAGUGUGAUGAUACUCAUGUCCAGAUAAGAAAUGUUGCAACAGUUGGUUAUUCAUCCUUUGAAGUGCUUUCCAAAAAGGUCCUCCUCCCACUUAUUUUUUAAACGGGUCACAUAUUUUAGCGUAAACGCGGCAGUUGAAAAUUUCGAGAUGACGAUUGGGCGCUAUCUUGAAAUAUAUUUUUUUCUGGAGUGGAGGGUCAAUUAAUACCUCAUUUUGAGUACUUUAUAUUAUAACUCGACCAGUCAUCAACAUAUUAUAUACAUACAUCCAUCCUCUUCUCUUGGAAAGAGCUGUCUUCGUAUGGAAUAAAAUGUGGCACGCCACUGACAUUUCUUAAGAUAAAAAAUGGAAAUGUUUUCAUAUCUACUUUAUUAUGAUGCAAAGAAACGGUUUUUAUCUUUUAAGUUCGAACCGUGCAUCGGAUUGAACAAAUCAAGCAUUCCUAUUUGCUUAGAAAUGAAUAAUGUUUAUUUCAAGAGAAAUCAGUGGCGUACUAUCUGUCAAAAUAGGUAGGUGAAAUUCCAUACGACUACCACAGGUGGAAAUUAUGAAAAAUGUAGUACAUUAAAAAAUGCCUCUUGAUACAAAGUGCAUGUAUGCCAAAUUUCACCAAAAUAUAUAAAAUUGAAUUUAGAGAUGAUAAUAAUAAUAAUUUAUUCUUAAAUCUUAAUCACCUUGUAUGUCAAAAGUUAAGAGGUUUAGGACAAACGAUGAUAUGAAGUUUCUUUUUUAAAAUGGACCCAAAAUCGCACUCCUAAAUAUUGACAUUCAUUUCGUAAACGCGCUGUUAAGUAUUCAUGGAACUUGAGCAGUUCAAAAAAUUAUUGGUGGGAGGACCUUUUUGAAAAGUCAUGCACAACAGAUUGAUUAGUUUUGUCUGUUCCAUAGCACUCAAGGAAAGCUCAAGUAUGUAAAAUAAUAGAAAGAAGACGGUCGGGCAGCUUUUAUUUUUAUUACUGUUUGAAAACAUUCCAUAUGCACGAAGUAGAAAUGGAAUGAUUAAAAAUAUUUGGCCUAAAUUGUUUGGUGGGUAAAACAGUUUUAAUUUUGUCUGAUUAUUUAACUGUUGAUGUUUCGAGAUUUUUAAUUGUUAAUAUAGCACAUAACAAAUUAUAGUUAAUAGUUACACUGAAGUAUUCUGUAUUGUACAAUAAAUACGUCAUAUUUUAAUGUGUUAAUAAAAUUCGUUUUGAAAUACGUUUUUCUGUUUUCUUUCUCAUAAUCAGAUAAAUACUUGUAAUAAGAGUAAGUUAGUUUGACCAGGAUAUAUAUUUUAAUGACGUUUAGCGUGGGAGG